GGCGGGCCAGUCGGGGGCGCGCCGUCAGUCUAAGACACGCGAUCGCGACGCGUCGAGCCGCGUGCGCAUCGGACCUAGCGGCGCACUGAUGCGCGGGUGAUAGAAACGCAGGCACCCGCGCGCACGCGUCGCGCCCCUCCGCGCCCUAUAAAAGCCAGGCGCCAGCCCGGGGCGGGCCCUCCUCUAUAUUUCUCCGCCCCGGGCCCUCGAUUCAGCCAGCGCGCGACGAGCUCGGACGAUUACCAGCCCAUUCUAUACACCUCGACGCACACGAACGUGUACUUCCCUCGUCCCACCACCAUGCCUACGCUCCCCGAGUCCUUCGACCCCUUUGCGAACCACCCGUUCACGAACGGCUCUGGCGUCGUCCCCCGCCCGCCACCACCGCACGCGUACAAGUACGCCGCUGCCCGGCCCGAUCAUCCGUCGUUGGCCCCACCGCCCGCGUCGAGCGCCUCGUACCCCACCUCCCCCCAGCCCUCGAGCUCCAUGCACAUCAGCUCCCCGCCCGACAUGACCUUCGGCUCCCCAAACUCCUCGUACAUGGGCUCGCCCCCCACAUCAUCCUACAUGGGAUCACCACCCACCUCGUCCUACAUGGGCUCCCCACCACUGUCCUCGCCCCCAACAUCCUUCCAAGGCUCCCCACCAGCCAGCUCAGGAUACCCCUUCGCCACCGCGAGCCCCGGAUACCCCUACCCCUACCCCCCGUCCUCGCAAUACCACCCCACCUCGCAAUACCCGCCCACCUCGAAAUACCCCGCGCAGGACGCCGAACGCCGCGGGCGCGUGCUCGCGCCGUCGUUCAUGCGGAGCACGCCGGGCGGCAAGCACCUCGGGAAGGACGGCGAGAAGCAGCUGGACGGCGCCGGGAGCGCGUGAGCGUGGGGUCGAGCUAGGGUCGAGAUGAGGCUCGCCGGCGAUGAGGGUCCCUCUCCCCAUACGCCGGGCAGCGGGGACCCGAGGAUGCAGCGACCGGCAGGCCGCGACACUCUCGACGGCUCCCAAGGGCCCUGACAAUCCCCCACAUAUGCUCCCCCCAUCGUCCCAAUCAUGUUGCCGACCGUCAACAUCCCGUCCCCGGUUCGCCGACAUCAUGUACCCGACUUGUCGACUCGGACAUCACGUUCUUCGAUUCGUCGCAUUGGGCGUCACAUCGCAUCUUGAUUGAUUAUCUGGAGAGGAGAGGAGACGAAGUAAAACCACUAAUGCCGGGCUCAGCGAGCCCCGACUAUGUAUCAUUAUCGCUGUCAGCAGCAGUGCUUGUUUAUUCUGUACCACCAUAAUCUAUGCCUCUAGUGCGCUACGGCGCCGUCUCCGCUC